AUAACUUGAAAAAGAAAAAAAAACAGAGCAUCCCCCAAAAAAAAAACAAACAGAGCAUUCAUUUUUUUUUUCCAAAAAAAUAAAUGGAUUCUUCUUCUUCUUCAUCUCAAUUCUUCUACUCAAUGAAUUCUGAUUUAAAUUCAUCAGAUUCUUCAUACGAAUGGUCCAAUUUCAACACACAAUCUUAUCUCCCUUUCAACGUGAACGACUCCGAAGAGAUGCUUCUCUUCGGAGUUCUUAACGCUGCUCAUGAAGAAACAACAUCCGAAACAGUCACAUCGCAUCGCGUUAAAGAAGAAGAAGUUACCUCAGAAUCCGAGGUUAUUGAAGCAAUACCGGCGAAGGAGAAGUCGUACCGAGGUGUUAGGAGGCGUCCAUGGGGUAAAUUCGCAGCGGAGAUAAGAGAUUCUACGAGAAAUGGGGUUCGAGUAUGGUUAGGGACAUUUGAUAGCGCGGAAGAUGCUGCUUUAGCUUAUGAUCAAGCUGCGUUUUCAAUGAGGGGUAAUUCUGCCAUUUUGAAUUUUCCAGUGGAGACCGUUAGGGAUUCGCUACGUGACAUGAAAUGUCACGUAGACGAUGAUUGCUCCCCUGUAGUGGCGCUUAAAAAGCGCCACUCCAUGAGGAAAAGGAGCACGAAUUCCAAAAAAGUUAAUAGUAUUAGUAAAGUAGUGAGGGAAGUUAAAAUGGAAAAUGUAAAUAAUGUAGUUGUGUUUGAAGAUUUGGGUGCUGAUUAUUUAGAACAACUUUUAAGUAGUAGUUCAAGUGAUCAAAGUAGUUGUGAUGCAACUUAUUUUAGUCCAUGGUAAAAUCAAAGAUUAGUCCAUGGGUUUUUUUUUAUUAAUUAUUUUAUUUUUGUUACUUUUUUGGGGUGGGGGUGGUGGGGGGAGGGUUACAUCUCUUUGUUCUUUACUUGAAGGUCACUAUAUUGUAAAAAUUUUGGUGAUGGAUGUAUUUAAAUUUCUAAGCGAAUGAUUUUGCU